CAAUCUUAUAUAAAACAGCCCAGAGAAGAAGUUAUGAUGCAAAGUCGCUAGAGAAUACAUUGGAGUGUUACUAGUGAUUUUAAGAUAAAAUAUGAAGACUGUUGGCUAUUUUCUGUCUAUGGUGAUUUGUGCAGUAGUUCCUGUGCAACCCUUAAUGAGAAAUGCUGGAACUGCACUUUGUCAGAGACCUGAAAUGCAAGGAUUAUGUGCCUUGUCCGGCACGUGGAGAAAUCAGCUGAUGUCGGAAAUGACGAUAACCUGUAGGGAAGGAACCAUAAAAGGUCAAUAUAACAGCGCCGUCGGAAAUGCUGAACGAGAAUAUGACCUUGCAGGGAGGUAUCUGAAGGUCAACGAGACGGAGUAUAUCGUGGGAUGGUCAGUUGCCUUUAAAAAUCAGUAUCGUGAUGCAAGAUCCAUUGUUAGUUGGACGGGGGUAUUCUACGCCACUGAAGGCAUAAUCAAAACUCAGUGGAUGAGAGCAUCAUUCAAAAAUCCGGAAGAUUAUUGGUCGACCUUUACAACCAAUCAGGAUAUGUUUAAUAAGAUCCAAUCACAUCCUUGUUUGCAAAACAACAGGAAUUGAAUGCAUACAACUCACUCAGCAAGAACCUAUAACUCUUUACAUUACCAAUCUCUUUGGCUUACAAUUAUUUUGAGUAGCUCAAAGUUUAAAAUAAAUAUUUAAUCAAUUAUAACCAUUUAACUGAUAAGGAAAUGACCAUUUUUGUAAGAUCUAUGUAUACUAGGACCAAUUUAAUGAAAUUUUAACUCAAGAGUGUUUUUAUUAAAAGGAUUUCUAUCAAG